GUUCUGCAUUUCCAUGGAAGAUAGUUUCUCUGAUUGAGUAUGCCGACAGAGGCAGGCUCGCAUGAGUACCGUUCGGCAUCGUUGAUCCACUCAUUGGUAACAACCCGGGGUACCAGCCGCAAACAACGUGUCGCACGCAUCUUCUUCACAUUACAACACCUCAUAAGAACCGCAACUUAGAAUUUGGAACUCGUUGCAAUGCUGUCGCAGGACUCACCUACCAUCCCUUCAUUUGAUGAUCUCCCACUUGACAAGAAUGGCCCGCCAGGCAACGCGUGGGGUUUAUGGGGUGAACACGACGAGCUUGGCAUGCUCAAUCGCAUCACACCCCAAGUUGUAGCUGCCGCCGCCAGAGAGAUUCAAAAUGGACACCGUAUAUCACUGGACUGGCCCCUGGACAAGCCAUCUCAUCCUGCUUUCGAUCGACGCCGCUUCCAUCAUGAGAUCUUGAACAAAGCCCCAAUGACAAUGAACGAUGAUGCCAUCUAUAUCAAUACCCAAAGUAGUACGCAGUGGGAUGGAUUCCGGCAUUAUGGUUAUCAGCGGACGAAGCAGUUCUACCGAGGGCAUCGACAAGAGGAUUUUGUGCCGGGCCAGGGGCCGCUCAGUAUAGACGUGUUCGCUCGUCAUGGUGGAAUCACUGGCCGGGGUGUGCUGCUUGAUUGGUACUCGUGGGCGCAGAAGAAUGGCAUUCAUCGGUCUCCAUUCGAGACAGGUGCUGUGGAGUUGUCGCAUCUGAAAGCAAUACUGCAAGAGAAAUCCAUCGAACUCCGUCCUGCAGAUAUCUUGUUCAUUCGAGUCGGGUUCACGGCCGAGUACGACAAGCUCUCCAUCGAGCAACAGCAAAACUUUCCAAAUCGGCAACCAGGUGGACUUUUAGGCCUUGAAGCCAGCCGCGAUAGCCUUCGCUGGUUAUGGGUGAAUCAGUUCGCUGCUAUUGCGUCCGAUGCGGCAGGUUUCGAGCGUGGGCCCGCGACUGGUUCUUAUAACGAUCCCGAUGUUAGCAUUCACCAGUGGUGUCUCGCAGGAUGGGGUCUACCUCUAGGUGAACUGUUUAAUUUGGAUGAGCUGGCACAGUAUUGCCAAAAGCACGGCCGGUGGACAUUCUUUGUUCAGAGCAUGCCGUUGAAGAUUCCUGGGGGAGUCGCGAGCCCCGCCAAUGCCGUGGCAAUAUUCUGAUCCUAUCAUGAAGACUCAACAAAGGACAUGUGGUAAAAGAAUUUGGCGCCUGAGUUCUUUUAUCAUAGCUAUUUCUGCAUGAUAAAGAGUAGUAUAGGAGGAAGUAGGGCCCGCUUUGCUUGUUCGUCGGCUAGGGCACUGUAAGCAUGAUGGGCUGUGG